AUGAAGAUUCUUCGAUUCACGAUCGUUUUUAUCUUUCUUGGGGUAAAAGUUAUAGCAUCUGCAUUCACCGGGACGUAUGGGAUCAAUUAUGGUAGGAUAGCAAAUAAUAUACCUUCGCCCGAAAUAGUUGUUACUAUACUGAAGGCUGCAAAGAUCAAGAACGUGAGGAUCUAUGAUUUUGACCACAGUGUUCUCAAUGCAUUUAAAGGGAGUGGUCUCGAGUUAGUAAUUGGUCUCCCGAACGAGUAUGUAAAGGAUAUGAGUAGUAAUGCAGAUCAUGCCCUGACAUGGGUCAGAGAUAACGUCCACGCCUUCCUCCCCGAGACCCACAUAGUAGGGAUUGCCGUGGGGAAUGAAAUUUUGGGCGGGGCUGAUAAUGAUCUUGCGUCAUCUUUAUUGGGUGCCGUGAAAAAUAUACACAAUGCAACCAAAACUCUCGGUUUGGAUCGUCUCGUUCAGAUUUCCACUGCUCAUUCUCAGGCGGUUUUCGCGAAUUCUUAUCCUCCCUCUUCCUGCAUCUUCAAAGAAGGAGUUGCUCAACUAAUGAAGCCUCUAUUGGACUUCUUUUCUCAAAUCGGCUCCCCUUUCUGUCUCAACGCAUACCCCUUUCUGGCUUACACUUAUAACCCCGGCAAAAUAGAUAUAAAUUACGCUCUUUUUCAGCCCAACCAGGGGAUAUACGAUAACAAAACCAAUUUACAUUACGAUAACUUGCUGGAUGCUCAGAUUGAUGCAGCCUAUGCAGCCUUACAAGAUGCAGAUUUCAAGAAAAUGGAAGUCAUAAUAACAGAAACUGGUUGGGCUUCUCACGGGGACGAGAAUGAACCUGCAGCUACUCCUGACAAUGCAAGAACAUAUCACUACAAUCUGCGAAAAAGGUUGGCCAAGAGGAAAGGAACUCCAAUGAGGCCAACAACUAUGUUGAAAGCAUACAUAUUUGCUUUAUUCAAUGAGAAUUCCAAACCUGGAGCGGGUUCUGAGAAAUACUAUGGAUUGUUCAAAGCAGAUGGGACUAUUUCCUAUAAUAUUGGCUUUCCUGGACUUAGAUCUUCAUCCGCAACUUCUUCCCGGCAGGUCUUUGGAGGUGGAAAGUGGUACAAAUCCUAUUCCUUCUUGUUGGCAGUCUCUACUCCAAUAUUAGUUCUCCUUCUAAGACAAGACUGGGAGUAG